AUGAUCAUGCGGCAUGACGGAAAGCUCCCUGAAGAAGAGCUUGACUUUUUCUUGAAGGGGAGUAACACGAUUUCCGAAGGGGAAACGAAGCCCGAGGAGUUCAGCUGGAUACCAGACAGUGGAUGGAAUGAUCUGUUUAAGUUAAGCACGGUCAGUCCAGCCUUCCAGGGACUGCGGGAGAACGUCCUCGCCGAGCCCCAGGCGUGGAAGGAGUGGGCAGAAGAUGACUCAGCCGAAAAAGCUGACAUGCCUGGCCAGUGGAGCAGAGUGCUGUCUCCGUUCCAAAAGUUAAUAGUUGUCCGCGUCUUUCGUGUGGAUAGAGUCCACAACGCCAUCAAACAUUUUAUUCAGUGGAGACUAAAUGAGCACUACGUGCAGUCGCCAACGCUGCAAUACUCUAAAAUAUAUGCGCAGUCCUCCGAGCUUUCGCCAAUCCUUCUGAUAUUGUCCCCCGGUGCCAACCCUUUCGCCGCUGUCUCUGCUCUUGCCGAGUCCAUGGGUCUUGCAGAUAUGAAGAAGCCACACAACGGAUUCCGCCUGUGGCUGACUACGCAACCAACACAAGACUUCCCUCUGAGCAUUCUGCAGGCUUCACUUAAGGUGGUGACAGAGCCACCUGACGGCCUACGGGCGAACUUGCAAACAUCUUAUUCCCUAUUCCGCGAAGACGCGUUUGAGCAGUGCGCGCAUCCCGCAUAUCCCACGCUGGUGUACACGUUGAGUUUCUUCCACGCGGUUGUCCAGGAGAGGCGUAAGUACGGCAAAAUUGGGUGGAACGUGCCGUACGACUUCAAUGAGUCCGACUUAUCGAUAUCUCUGAGUCUGGUGAAAAUGUAUUUGAGUAAAUCUUCGCGGGGUCCCGAGGGUCUUCCUGCAGAAGGGGAAGGCAAAUCUGCUGAACUGCAGCCUGGCGCUCCUCCGCCAACAGCUUCAGAUAUUCCGUGGGAAACGCUGAGGUAUUUGAUUGGGGAGGCAAUGUACGGAGGCCGUGUGACAGAUGACUAUGACCGACGAGUGCUUGCAACAUACUUGGAGGAGUAUUUGGGGGAGUUCGUCUUUGACAGCUACCGGCAGUUUUCCUUCAGUAAAGCCCCCAUUAGCUACGCUCUACCCGCGGACAGCUCGAGUGCAGGACACAUUGAAUUCAUAAAGAACAUGCCCUCAAGCAACACCCCUGAGGUAUUUGGGCUUCACACGAACGCAGAAAUCGGGUAUUUCGUCGAGAACGCAAAAAGCAUUUGGCACGGACUUUUGAAGAUCAAUAUUGCGAACUCCUCCGGGAGCAACAGUGACUCCGCAGUGGGCAGCCUUAAAGAAGAAGCUCUGGUCUCAACUAUCUCAGAAAUACUCAGUAAACUACCUGAGAACGGCCUCUAUGUCUCCGCUGGCCCCGAUCCACCAACGCCUACACAGGUUGUCCUUGCUCAGGAGCUUGACCGACUGAAUAUACUGACGGAAACUAUGUCUCAAUCUCUCCGAGAUCUGUCAAGAGCACUUCGAGGAGAUAUCGGCAUGUCAGGAGAUCUUGACGCCCUGGCCUUAUCCCUGCAAGCAGGCUUUUUGCCCGCACAGUGGCGAGCACUUGCACCCCCCAGUUUGAAGCCUCUAGGCUCUUGGCUCUCUCAUUUGAUGAGACGAAUUGAUCAAUACACCAUGUGGAUUACGCAGGCAAGCGAACUCUCCUUUUCCGUGCUCCCUAGUUGCUAUGCACCGGCAGCUGCAGCAACAGCAGGCAUCUGGAAAGCUACCUUGUGCUACAAGGUCGAGCAAGGGGGAGCUCGAUGGGAUAGCUCUCUGGAGCGCUUGGCUCCGCAGAUACCUCGAAAGUUGUCUGAAGAAAUGCCGCUUGUUAAAGUUAUUCCCAUAGAGUCGAGCCGCCUCAACAUUCGCAGCCUAUUGCGCACUCCCGUCUACGCCACAGAAGGCCGCCGCAACGCCAUGGGCGAGGGUUGGGUCUUUGACGCUUGGUUGCCUUAUUCUGAGCAUGCGUCCUUCUGGGUGUUAUCAGGGACUGCUCUCGUGCUACAAACAAGUGACUAG